ACUUGAUUUAUCUGAGAGGGGUGUAACCUACCCCAUAGACAUACUCACCAGCUCGACGCAUAUUUGGCUUAUCCGCGCGCGCAUGACUUCAGGGGGAUGAUGAGGAACCUUAUACUGCUGGCUAUCUUUGGAGAAUACCUGCAGGUGGUGAGAUGCACCCCAAAAUGCCCAAUAUAUGGCUCUAUAGCAGCUUGCACCAGCCAGUCUCUAUAUCAGGUCCCUGCGCUGCCUCCAUACAUUACCAUUUUGUAUAUGAGUGAUAACUACAUCAGUGAGAUCAAUGAGACAUCCUUCUCUGGGCUUGAAGGGUUAAAGGAACUGGACCUCAGUUGGCAACAAGUGAAUGGGCUUAUUAUAAGAACUAACACCUUUCAAAGGCUGGAAAACUUGGCAGUGCUUUAUUUAGGGUAUAACACAGUUUUACAAAUUGAGCCAGAUGCAUUUGUGGGACUGUCCAACCUGAGAGAUCUCUCUCUGUAUAGGUGUGACCUGACUGAAUCUAUUUUACAGGGUGACUAUCUCAAGCCCCUGGUUUCCUUGGAAACACUAGAUCUGUAUGGUAACCAGGUGAAAAGAAUCCAACCUGCUCUAUUCUUUGUGAACAUGACAGAUUUCCAAGAGCUAAACGUUUCCCUAAACCGGAUGGAAAGCAUAUGUGAGGAAGAUUUGCUUGGCUUUCAAGGCAAACACUUUCGGCUCCUCAAGUUGAACAGCCUCAAUCUAUAUAGCAUGACUCAGUAUGGCUUUGACUGGAAACGAUGUGGAAAUCCUUUUCGGAACAUGUCCAUGGAGACACUUGACUUAUCUUCCAAUGGAUUCGAUGUGGACAAGGCAAAACUGUUUUUCAAUGCAAUCCAAGGAACCAAAAUCCACCAUCUUAUUCUGGAACACAGCACCAUGGGGAAAUCAUUUGGUUUCAGCAAUGUGAAAGACCCAGACAGGCAAACAUUUGAGGGCCUCAAGAAUAGUAGUGUCAAGAUUCUAGAUUUGUCCAAAUGCUUUAUAUUUACAUUGCAAUAUGCAGUAUUCAGUCCGCUGACUGAGGUAGAGGACAUAACAAUAGCCCAAAACAAAAUUAACCAGAUUGACAGGGAGGCGUUUUUUGGUCUUCAAAAUGUACAAAAGCUCAACCUGUCACACAAUCUUAUAGGGGAAAUCUAUUCUUACACGUUUGACAAUCUACCCAAUAUUUUAGAACUAGAUUUAUCUUACAACCAUAUUGGUGCAUUGGGAUAUCAGGCAUUUAAAGGACUUCCAAACCUACAAGUUCUGGAUCUUACAGGAAACUCUAUUCGGGGACUAGGUACAUAUGGUUCUCUUGCACCACUACCAAACAUCCAACUUCUUCGUUUGGCUGAUAAUAAGAUUACAUCCUUAGAGGGCCUCUCUGUCUUUGCUCCUAAUACGAUCAUACUUAAUGUUCAAAACAACAGGUUAACUAAUUUAGAGGAUGUAUACACAGUUUUAGCUAAAUUAAUGCACAUUGAGUUUCUCUGGUAUGGUAACAACUUCAUAAAGUGGUGCACCCUUAACAAUAAUAUUUCAGUACCAGCUGUGAACUCUCUGAAGCUGCUUGAGCUAAGAAACAUCGCCUUGCAGAUGAUAUGGGCACGGGGAGAGUGUGUGCAUGUAUUUGAACAUCUUGGCAAGCUUUUAAGUCUGGAUUUAAGCUUUAACUCCCUGCAGGCUCUCCCAGAUGGUAUAUUUAAAGGCCUCAUCUCUCUGGAAGAGAUGGAUCUUCACUUCAACUCACUCACAUACCUCAAACCAGAAAUUUUUCCGGAGAGUCUCAAAACAGUUGACCUCUCUUACAAUUUCCUGGCCUCUCCUGACCCAGACGCUUUCCAUUCUCUCAGCUGGAUCAACCUGUAUAGGAAUCAAUUCCACUGUGACUGCGGUCUGAAGGACUUUCUGACGUGGCUGAAAGGGACUAACGUGACUUUUCCUGACCCUGGCGUGAAUGAAUUCAGCUGUGAGUUUCCUUCAGAUCUCCAUGGCAUCAGCCUGUUGAAUUUCAGCUCCGUCAUAUCGUGUGAGGAGGAUGACGAGAGGCUGGUUCAGGAGCUGAGGCUCUCGCUCUUCAUCGGCUGCACAGUGCUCAUCAUCCUGAUCAUGGUCGGAUCAAUCGUUUUCGCUCGUCUCCGUGGAUUCCUCUUCAAAGUUUACAAAAAGUUGACCGCCAGGAUCCUUGAGGGCCCUAGGAGGGAUCCUUCUGCUGAUGGGCCUCGGUACGACGCUUACUUAUGCUUCAGCAACAACGACUACAAGUGGGUAGAAACCGCCCUGUUGAACAGACUAGACUCUCAGUUCGCGGAGCGAAACGUCCUCCGCUGCUGCUUCGAGGUCAGAGACUUCAUCCCAGGUGAAGAUCACCUGUUCAAUAUCAGGGACGCCAUAUGGGGGAGCAGGAAGACAGUUUGUAUCGUCUCUAAAGAGUUCCUCAAGGACGGCUGGUGCCUGGAGGCCUUUACCCUGGCUCAGAGCAGGAUGCUGGAGGAGCUCAGAGAUGUUCUCAUCAUGGUGGUCGUGGGGAAUGUCCCCCAUUACAGACUGAUGAAACAUGAAGGCAUUAGGACCUUUGCCCAGAAGAGGGAGUACCUGCAGUGGCCGGAGGACACACAGGAUAUUCAAUGGUUCUAUGAGAAGCUCAUGUCCAAGAUUCUUAAGGACAAAAAGAACACUGCCAAAGAUAACAAUGGGGAUAUCACACUUGCAAAUAUGACAGUUGGAACUUAAUGUUGUUGACUCAUUUUUCCACAG